AUGACUUCUAGACGCACGGCCGAUACUCACAGUUCCGGCUCUAGCCUUUCCGGAAGUUCGCAUACCAGAAGCGAAAAUCUAUUGAGCACUGAUGCGUUGAGACUUGUUCAUAGGCAAGCCACGGAGCACCUCAAGAAGGAUGGAGAAACCCAAGUGGACCCGUUGGAGGUCUAUACCGUCGCUCUUUGGGAAGAUCUAUACCAGAAAGUUCUGCUGAAAGGUUAUUCCAACAACUCUCAAGCCCCUCCUAACAACCAGUCCGACAAUCGAGUGGAUAUUAUCACCUACUACUUCGACAAUACGGAUGACGGGUUUAAGAAGAUGGCCUUGGUUUAUACCGAAGCCAAGAGAGCAAGCAAUGCGACAUCAACAACGAAAGGCAAAACACUCUUGGACCUGGAAGGCCAGCUCUUUGGAUAUUGUGAGGAAUGGCUGAAGGCAAAAAGACCACAAGGCGGUGACAACCAGUUGUACGCUAAUGCAGUCGUUGGGCCGUACAUACGCUUCUUCACUGCGAAAUAUGAGACUGUGAACAGUAAGGAAGUUGUCGUUAUGAGGGACCACAAGGGCAAAAAGGGAUACGACAAAGAUAAUAAGCCGACUCUGGGCGGUGAUUAUUAUGAUGUUGGCAAGCCAGCGGACCAAGUCACCAUCCGAGCCCAGUUCAAAACGAUCAGGGAUACUCACAAACCGGAGCCGGUCUCGUCCAGGCCCGGCACCUCCUCGGGCAGUGCCGGAUUUCCAUCACGCCCACAGACACCAAAUAACGGAUCAGAAAGAAGCCCACAGAGCGCUUCCCCCAUGGAAAUUGACCAGAGGAAUUCUCCUCGGCCAAGCCCGCCGAGGGAGUCUCGGCCAAGCCCGCCGAGGGAAUCUCGGCCGACGCGUCCAGAGGCGGCUGCCGACAGACGCUCUGCGUCGCCUCGAAAUGUUUCAAGGCCAGUUCGCCAGCGGACUCCUCCAAGCAUUGACCCGAACGUGAGGUCUUAG